AGCGCGCCACCCGGCGCCGCCCCGCGCGGCCCGUCGUCGGGAGAGCCCCCCCCCCCCUCCUCGCGGCGUCGGGUGCGCCCGAGGGGGCGGAGGCCGUGCGCGGCAUGGCGGCUGCUGGCCCGUUGAAGCUGUACAACGAGUCCGAGGGGCACCGCGGCAUCCCGGAGGCGAUCUUCCUCGACAGCGUGGACGAGAUCUGCGAGAGCCGCGAGCCCACGGAUGUCGUGAAGCUGCUGCAGGACCAGACCUGCUCCCCGCCCUGCCUCUGCCAGAGGGUCGCUGGGCAGCGCGCCAAGCCGAGGGGGCCGCCGGGCAGCGCGCAGGGGCGCCGCGCGCUCGAGGCCAUGGAGGUCCUCGCGGCGCUGGGCCUCGGGGCCAAGGAGCUGUUCUCGUACAACAGGGAGAACUUCAAGUUCGACCAGGACCAAAGGAUCGAGCGGGAGACCCUGCGGCUGGAGAUGCAGGUGAAGCGCUUCGAGCUGUUCCGCGAAGACGUGCGAGAUCUGGUGGAGCUCACGGUGGACCGCAUGGACGUGUACCAUCUAGUCGGUGCGCUGUUCCUCGAGUUCUGCAUCGUCCUGUUCUGCGAAGGCCGCGUGCAGGCCUCCGCGCCCCCGUUCCUGCUGUCGCUGUUCCUGCUGUCGAACGCGUCCGCGUUCAUCUACCUGCUGCUUGCCGUGUGGCUCAGCAUGCACGCCUCCAUCGCCUCGCACAGCUUCGGCGUCCGGCUGCUGACGCGCUUCGUGCGGCUGCCCAUCCCUAGCGUCAAGCAGAUCGGCGCGCUCAAGAGCCAGCUGAGGGACUACGAGAGGCAGAACGUGGCCAACCUGCUGCGGGUGCCCUUCCUCGACAAGCAGGAGUGGACGAACGUCAACGACCCAGACGCGCAGCCCGGGGCGACCGGGGGAGCCAGCGGGAGUGGCGGGCCGCUGCCUGUGGUCCAGGAGGACGCGCUGCCCGAGGCGGAUGCCCUGCCCGAGGCCACCCGGCCCUACGUGACCACUGCCAGCGGGCAGCCGGUCCCGGCUGGGGCCCCGAGGGCCUUGGCGCCGGCGGCGGGCGGGGCGACCUCAAGCGACGCGCAGGGCCUCGGAGGCCUCUCGCCGAGGACAAGCGAUCCUGGCGCCGCUGGCCCGCGGGCCGGACCUCCGUCGGGGCUGUGCGCCGGGGACCAGAUGCUGCUCCCGGAAGAGGUCGACCUGCCCUUGGGCGGGGAGGACCUCCUCAGCGGCCAUCGCGGCGCGAGGCCGGAGCGGCACGUGCAGCUCUUCCGGCAGCUGCAGUCCAAGUGGCAGUGCUAUGACGCCUACUGCCGAGUGUGCAUGGGCCUGGGUGUCAACCAGAUCCUGCAGGGCUUGAGCUACUACUGCAUCUGCCACACGCUGGUGGAGAACCACUCGCCGACGACGGGCUACGCGCUGGUGGCCCUCUUCCAGUGCACCACGGUGGCCAUCGCCGUGCUGGACCUGGCGGGGCUGAAGCGCCACGAGAUCGUGGCGGUGCAGACCGUGGGCGUGCUCCCGUGCUUCCUCUCCGCCUGGGGCGUGGCCCACGGGCAGCGGGACCCCAAGGGCGUGCUCGACCCGGAGCAGGACUACAUGCUGUCGCCCCUGAGCUUCUUGUGCCAGGUGCUGUGGCUGGAGCUCUGGCUGCGCGUGGCGGCGCCCAGCGGCGUGGACGAGGCCAAGCUGCCGCGGCGCUUCCGCCAGGUGCUGUUCCUGGACGUCUUCGGCGACGCCGUCGGCUGGGACCCGACCCAGGCCGAGGACGAGUCGUACGCCGACAAGGUCGCCGACGCGUCCAGCGCGCUCUCCUGGGACAACGUCCAGGGCUCACUGGGCGGCGGGGAGGAGGAGGGCGACGACCUGGACGCGGCCCAGGAGGCGGUCGCGAUGGCCGUGGAGAAGGCCUCGCAGCAGCUGACGCUGGCGCAGUGCGCGAUGCGGCGGUGGCUGGCAGUCCCCGACUGGUGCCUCUCUCCCAGCCAGCGUCUGGAAUUGGACGCGAUCGCCAAGCAGCUGGACAACUGGGGUAAUUCCAUCAAGCUCGAGGUGCAGCGCCACAACGCGAAGCUCGGGCGGGCCGACGACCCGAGGCUCUUCACGGAGACGACCUCGCUGAGGAGCUGGCUGGACCUCAGCGCGGAGGAGCGGGCGGCCGACCCGUUCGCGAAGUGCUUGCUGGGCCCCUUCCAGCACGACAACGGAGACGACAUAUCACCAGGGAAGGGAACACGUCGAAUAGGUCGAGAGCCAGAAGACGUUCUUCGGCGGCGCCGUCUCCAGGGAGUGCCCCGGGGCUCUGGUGCUCGCGCUGGAGGCCGUGCGCGCCAUGGCCGCGGACCUCGAGGGGGAGGCGCGCGCCCUGCUCGAGAUCCGCAUCACCACCGACCUCCGCGCCGCGGUGCGGCAGCAGCGGCGGGCGUCGGCGGAGACCCUCAGGAGGAGGCGCCUCGUCGGCCUGGAGGCGUCCGCGCAGGAGGCGGCGGCGCCGGGCGCCGACCCCGAUCGCCCGGCAGGUGGGCGGCGGAGGACGCGGGCGGAGGAGAAGUUCCCCAACCUCGCGUCCCUGUUCUCGCAGGGCGCCCGGGAGCCGGGGCUCGAGGCCUCGAGGCCCUCCGGGCGUGGGCGCCACGGCAGGACCGCUGCCGAGGAGCGCGCGGGCCUGAUGAUGAACCGGCAGGA